CGUGUAACGUCACAAACUGUCGUAAAGUGAAGACAACGCUCAUCCGGAUGCCGGCCCUCCUCCUCCAAACAGGCGUGGAUCUGAACUAGCGCUACUGACUAGAUUACCUUUAUUGUUUUCGCUUGAAUUGUGUUUACCACAUUCAGUCUGGCACCGUAAGCGCGUGGAGAAGCUUAAUCACAAUUGAGGAACUCGGCGACGGCGACCAACAAGGAUGUUUAAAAAAUUUGAUGAGAAGGAAAAUGUGUCGAACUGUAUCCAGCUGAAAACGUCAGUGAUCAAAGAUAUCAAAAAGGAGCUGCUGAGACAGUUUCCCGACAUCGAGUCAUGGCUCAAUCACAUUAUGCCAAAAAAGGACCCUGUAAAAAUAGUCAGAUGCCAUGAGCACAUUGAAAUCCUGACAGUGAAUGGAGAGCUGCUUUUCUUCAGACAGAGAGAAGGGCCAUUCUACCCAACCCUCAGACUGUUGCAUAAAUAUCCUUUCAUUCUUCCACACCAGCAAGUAGACAAAGGGGCAAUUAAAUUUGUCUUAAGUGGUGCAAACAUCAUGUGCCCCGGGCUGACGUCACCAGGCGCUAAACUCUACCCUGCUGACGCCAAGACAGUAGUUGCUAUAAUGGCGGAGGGCAAACGACUUGCACUUUGCGUUGGCGUUAUGAAGAUGUCUGCAGAAAGCAUAGAAAAAGUCAACAAGGGAAUUGGAAUUGAGAACGUUCACUAUCUGAAUGACGGAUUGUGGCACAUGAAGACGUAUAAAUGAUGACAUCGACACCCAUAACACCCCCAACCCCCACGAAAUCAUGAUGCUCUUGACAGUGAGGCAUGAGCUGCCAGUCAACUGUUUACACCUAUGGACUUAGCUGUGUAACCUGCUUGAGGCUUUGAAUCAAUUGCCAUUAUGCACAAAUAAAAGAAUGAUCUUGCUUUUUUGCAUUUGAUCCAAUUAAA